AUGGAUGACGACAACAAGGAGCGGGACUUCCACCACCCCUAUGAACCUUAUGAUAUUCAGAAGGAGUUCAUGAACGCCGUGUACGACUGCCUAGAGAAUGGUAAAGUCGGAAUCUUCGAAUCACCCACCGGCACGGGGAAAUCGCUGAGCUUGAUCUGUGGUUCAUUGACCUGGUUGCGUGACCACAAGAGACAGAAGUUUGAGGAAGGACUGGUGACGGAGACCGCCGACGGUGAUGAGCCAUCCUGGGUGCUGGAGAAUGCGAGGAAGCAGAAGAGACAGGCCGCGUUGACGAGACGUCAGGAGCUCGAAAGUCGCAUUGCGAAAAUAAAGGAGAAGGAAAGACGGAUGAAGGAGCGCUAUCAGAAUGGAGAACCUGAGCUUAAGCGGCGAAAAGUGGCAGCGGAUCAAAAGAAGGAGGAGGAAGCGGACGAGGCACGUUUCGUUCUGGGUGACUACGAAAGCGACGAAGAAGCCGCCACUAGCUCCAGGCAAGGCAAGUUCGAUGAGCUUGGUCUUUCUGCCGAGACGCAGGCCUUGAUGGAGGAGUUAGGCUACACAGCGAAGCCGAAGAAAGAGCCGGAAGAAGAGCUGAUUGACGAGAUAAAGAUUUUCUUCUGUUCGCGUACGCAUUCGCAGUUGGCGCAGUUUGCAUCCGAAAUGAGACGUGUGAGGAUGCCACCAUCCAUCACGCCUGAACCAGGGCCGGGUGCUGAUGAUCCUUCAUCUCUGGUCGAAGAAGUCAAGCAGAUUACUCUCGGCUCCAGGAAGAAUCUCUGCAUCAAUCCCAAAGUGAACAAGCUCGCAAGCGCUACAUGGAUAAACGAGAAGUGUCUGGAGCUGCAACAACCAAGCACUUCAUCCGACUGCAAGUGUCCCUAUAUGCCAACAAAACAGACCGCAGCUCUGGUGAAUGAAUUCAGAGAUCACGCGCUGGCCAAGAUUCGGGAUAUCGAAGAUCUCGGAGCGUUGGGCAAGAGGUUGGGCAUAUGUCCGUACUAUGCGUCUCGCCCAGCCACGAAACAUUGUGAAGUUGUGACUCUUCCCUAUCCGUUACUCCUGCAGAAGUCGGCUCGGGAGGCGCUUGACCUCUCUCUGAAGGACCACGUAGUCAUCAUCGACGAGGCUCACAAUUUGAUGGAUGCCAUAGCAGGAAUAUACUCCGUUUCUGUCACCCUUGCCCAAGUUCAGGAAGCUCGCUCACAACUCACUGUAUAUCUUCACAAGUUCCGUAACAAGCUCAAGGGCAAGAACCGUGUCUAUGUGGCACAGACCGUUCGCAUACUAGAUUCCAUCAUCGCAUACCUUCAAGCGACACAGAUGGAUGCCAAAAGGACGGACGGAGUUGUGGAUAUGGGCGCAUUAAUGUCCGGGAAAGGUGUCGAUCAGAUUAACCUGCUCAAGCUGACCCGGUAUAUUCAGGACAGUCGGCUGGCUCGAAAAGUCGAUGGCUACACGACGUAUGCUGAGCAGUCGAGAGCUGAGCAUCAAGCGCAGCAGCGGAACCUUCUCCCGACACGACGUUCAGCACAAAGUGUGCCGGUCCUGACGCAUGUACAGGGUUUCCUCCUAUCCCUGAUGAACCCCACAGCUGAAGGGCGGUUCUUUUACUCCAAAGACGGGUCAGACAUAACGUUGAAAUACCUGCUCUUGGACCCGACCUUUCAUUUCAAGGAUAUUGUCGAAGACGCGAGAGCCGUUGUUCUAGCAGGAGGUACUAUGUCUCCGAUGAGUGAUUACGAGCGGCAUCUCUUGCCCUACCUCGACCCUUCGAAGAUCAUGACCCUCUCAUGCGGCCAUGUCAUACCUGCAUCAAGUCUCUUAGCCGUCCCAGUCGUCAAGGCCUUCAGUGGCACCGAAUUUGACUUCACUUUCGAAAAAAGAAAGUCAGAGACGAUGAUGAUCGACCUUGGACAUGCCAUUUUGAGGUUCACGCAACGUGUACCCGAUGGCGUUGUCGUCUUCUUUCCGAGUUACUCUUAUCUCGACACCUGCAUCGAGGCUUGGAAACGCCUGCGCACGGGUUCGCACGAGAAUGCAUCGUCAUUCUGGGAUUCGUUAGUCACUGUCAAACCCGUCUUCCUGGAGCAACGUAGUCAACAGCCACCUGUGAGCACGAACAGCACUGUCUGGGGUGCAGCCGUUGAUUCGGUCCUCAGUGCAUACAGCGAUGCCGUUGCGUCGGGCAAAGGGCGCGGGGCUCUUCUAUUUGCCGUCAUUGGCGGGUCUCUUUCCGAGGGCAUCAAUUUCAGCGACGCCCUCGGACGCGGUGUUGUCGUUGUUGGGCUUCCGUUUCCGAAUCCUCAUUCUGCAGAAUGGAAGGCGAAGACGCAAUAUAUCUCCGCCAAGGCGAUCGGCAGCGGACAGGACGGCAAAGCUGCAGCACGCGAGUUCUACGAGAACGCUUGCAUGCGCGCUGUGAAUCAAUGUGUUGGAAGGGCGAUUCGGCACCGUGGCGACUAUGCUGCCAUCCUCAUGUUGGACAGUCGCUAUGCGUCGCCCCGGAUUCAGGCUAAGUUACCCAAGUGGAUUCGGGGAAGUCUGGCGAAUGCAGCAGGGGUGCAAGCCGUUGAGAAUCAGUUGGAUGAAUUCUUUGCGGGGAAGCCUUGA